AUAAAUCUAUCUACAAAUGAUGGUCUCUCGGGGUGCGCGUUUGGUGAGACUCCAAUAUUGCUCUUCCUAUCCCUUCUUCUUGGAUCAUAUCCACGCUACCUAUUUCAACUGAAGGCAUGGCAGAAAAUGCCCAUAUCGCGGGCUCAUGGAGUACCCAGGAUUGGCAGGUCAACAAAGCGUAUGUUCAGAAUGCCACGGGAAGCCAAGGAUAUUGGCCCAGAGGAAGAUGGGCAGCACAUGCCAGUAUAA